AUGAAGGUUAUGACAGAAUAAAAAGAAUUAGUUGACACUGAAACUGAAUUUUUUAUUAGAGAUAAAAAUAAUUUAGAUGAUUACUUGUAUGAAAUAGAAAGCUCAUAUUUAAAAAAAGAAGCAGCAAAUAAUUUUGACUAACUAGAUAUGAUAUUUAUAAUAGGGGAUGCAAAUGUUAGACCUUGGUCAAUAUAAAUGCGAAAAAUUCUUACUCUUCUUAGAAUGUGUUUAAAAGUAAAAAAAUAUUUAUAUACAUCAUCUUGGGCUAUGUAAGCUUUAAUAUUUUUAUGUGCAUCUAACAUAGAAAAAAACAUAUAAAUAGUAAAUGGAGGUGAUAACGGUGGAAAAUUAAGUGAAAUCCAUAUUAUGAAUAAGGAUUUGAAAAAUAUAUAGCCAAAUGAUUAUUAUUUAGAUAAUACAACAGGUGAUUUAUAUGGUUUCAAUUAUGAAACGAAUGAAUGGAUUCCAAAAGGUAAUUGUGGUUUACAUUAUAGACGUUCUGCACAAGAAUUUUAAUCUAUUGGCAAAUUCAUAGUAAAAGCUCCUGUAUAUAAAGCAAAUACUUAACAUAAGGAAAAAUAUACUUUGUAUAAAUCAAGAAAUGAUGAAUGUAUGUGUGUAAUAAAAAAAAUGUACAUGCACCAUUGGGCAUUUUAAGGAAUGGAUGAUGAAUUUAUAAUUCCGUUAAAAAAUAGUUGGGAUAUUCAUACAUUUUCAUUUAUUAAUCCUCAUAAGCAUUUCAAAGUAUUAGCAGAUUCUGAUAGGGGCCCUAUUGUUAUUGAGAUGGAGAAUACUUUAGGUGUACUAUUUGGUAUAUAUACCAAAUAUCCUAAUACUACGUAAAGUUUAAUAAAUUUUAUAUGGAAUACUUUAAGAAAAAUAAAAUCUUAAUAAUCAAAUAUAUAUCCUAGUAUUUCUUCUUAUACUUACUAAGCCAAAGAGUAUUCUAUUUUAUUUAUAUAUAUAACGUGUAUAAAAUUAAUAAAUAAAAAAGCUGAAUAAAAAUAUUAUAAAAGUGAUGUUUUUUUACAUGUAGGAUUUUCUGCUAAAAAGUAAAAAGUUCCUUAAUAUGUUUACCAUAAUUCAGUAAAUAGCAAAAAGUUAAAAAUGAAAGAGAAUCCAAAUAUUAAAAUUCAAUAAUAUACAACUGAUUAUAAUCCCAAUGAUUAAAUUUCAGAACCAGCAUCUGAUAUAAUUAAUUAAUCAAAUUAAAACAAUAUAAUAGAGAUUAAUAAUACAAAUAUAAAUAAUGAUGAGCAAACAGGAAAAAAUAUGAAAACAGAAAAUAAUUAAAAUUUAGAAUUUAGACGACAAUCUAAUAAAAGAGGUUCCUAUUGCAGAUAAAGUAGAAUUAAUCCCGAUUAAUUAUUUACUACAGGAGGUAUUAGAAGAUAAUUACAUCCUAAUAUUCCUUAUGAUUUAAUCGAUUAUAGUAAAAUGUGGGUACCUGGUUAUCUUUCUAAUAAUCAUUAAUCAAAAAAUAAUAGCCCAAAAAAAUUUAAAAUAAAAUUAAAACUAAAUUACAUAAUUCAAGGAAUUAAGGACUUGUAAAAAAAAUAGCUUUUUGUUAAUACUCCGUAUGUUUCUUAAGAAGAAAUUUACAUAAAAGAAUAAAAAGAAAAAAAUAAAAAAAUUAUUGGAGAAAAGGAUUUUAGGGUCGGAUAAACUUAAUAUAAUGUGAAUAAUGUAUAUAAGAAAUAAUCAGAUUUUAACAAAGGAACAAAAAUUAAUUUUUAUCAUAAUUAUUAAUUUAGAGAUUGUUAAAAAGAUAAAUGGCUUUCACAAACUAAUUUUAAACUGGCUUGA